AUGAAAGCUGUGAUUUUCGCUCUUUUCGCAAUUAUUGCUGCGGUCCAGGGUCAGUAUGGCUACCCAAUGAAUCCAUACAUGCAGCCAAUGGGGGCCUAUCCGUCACCAAUGGUUUAUCCUCAUCCAGUUCAACCGGUUCAAAUGAUGCCACAGACCGCCAGCGCCGACAAUUCAAAUUCAAAUUCAAAUACCAACUUGGCGCCAAAAUGCUCAGGGCAGUUCUUAGGAAAUGCCCCAUCAGCAACUGCAAUUUCUGGCAAUCGAGGUGCGGCUGCAAUUGCUGAUUCUAAUGGAUGGUCACCAUCUGGUUAUGGAUAUGGACCACGACCUGGAUUAGGAUACAACUCAAUGCCAAUGGACCCAUCAUUUGGUGGAAAUUAUCCAGGUUACAAUAAUUAUCCGAUGGGGUCACUAUUCAUGCCGGCACCAGGCUUAGGAAUUCCGCCCGCAGGCUUAGGAAUUCCGCCAGGAGGUUUAGGAUUUUCGCCAGCAGGUUUAGGAAUUCCGCCAGGAGGCUUAGGAAUUCCCUCAGGAGGCUUAGGAGCGCCAACAGGUUACGGAAGUUCACCAUUCGGCGGAUUACCUCCACAAGGAAUAGGCAUGCCCUAUCCAUCAAUGACAGGUUUGGGUUACGGUGAUGCUGGAUUAGGAAUGAGUGGUUCAGCAAUGGGUUUUCCCCAACCAGGGUACACAGCUGUGCAGCCAAUGCCGAUGAUGGUUCAGCCACAGUCGACCCAAAUGACGGAAAAUGAUAACGCCAAUACGAAUAUUAACAUCAACCAUGAGAUGGGAUUACACCAUCCCGGAAUACCCAAAGGAUUAUUAGGAUUGGGUAGAAUGUAA